AUGAGUGCCCCGUUGGUGGUCAACGGAGCGAACGGCCAUGCGAUACCCCUGAAGGCCGACUUGGGGCUUGUUCAGAACGACGACCAAGAUGCUGUCCGUGAGAUCCGCAAGUUGGUGAUCGAUUGCUGCAGACAGAACGGUGGUGGUCAUGGAGGAUCAGCCAUUUCGAUGGCGCCUUUGGCUGUUGCGCUUUGGCGACACGCCAUGCGAUAUAACCCUCGCAAUCCAGAUUGGUUUGAUCGCGACAGAUUCGUGCUUUCCAAUGGACACGCCGCGAUCCUUCUAUAUGUGAUGCUUCACGUCACUGGAUACCCUGGCAUGACACUCGAGGAAUUGAAAAUGUACGCGGAUCCAAAAGCUGUCGAUCCAGAGACGGGAACAUGGAAGGAGACUGUCUGUCACGGUCACCCAGAAAUCGAGGUGCCUGGCGUCGAAGUUACCACAGGACCACUCGGCCAGGGAAUCGCGAAUGCCGUCGGUUUGGCUAUAGCAUCGAAGCAGCUCGCAGCUACGUACAACAGAGAAGACCACGACAUCAUCACAUCGCGCAUUUUCUGUACCACGGGCGACGGGUGUCUUCAAGAAGGUGUUGCACAGGAAGCAAUCGCCCUCGCUGGACAUCUGAGACUUGACAACCUGAUUCUAUGCUACGACAACAACGCUGUGACCUGUGACGGGCCUCUUGAGUGGAUAGUAUCUGAAGACACCAAUGCCAAAAUGCGUGCUUUGGGAUGGCAAGUAAUUGAUGUCUUUGGCGGCGACAGCGCUGUGGAGGACAUCGUCGCUGCCCUCCAACUGGCUCGAUCACCGAGUCCCGACAGCAAGCCAACAUUCAUCAACAUUCGGACAACUAUCGGCUUUGGGACAUCGACGGCCGGGACCUUCAAAUCCCACCAUGGAACCUACACCGACGACGACGCGGCACUCUUCGCCGAGAGUGCAAACACACCAAGCCACACCCUCUCGAAAAGAUCAAAGGCGUAUUUCAAUUGGUGCACUUCCAACGGCGAAUCGAUAGAAAGAGCGUGGAAUGACAAGUUUGGGAAAUAUCGCCAGGCAUUUCCCGAGCUUGCGGGGCAAUUAGCAAGCCGGAUGCGAGGAGAGCUUGAAUUCGAGCAUCUGUUGACAUCGAUGCAAGUUCCUGCGACCAUCCAACCCACGAGAACAUUCAACGGACAAGUCUUCAACACGCUCCUCGACCAUAUACCUAGUCUCGUGGCCGGAGGAGCAGAUCUGUGGAACUCCAAUCAACUAGGGGACCAGUCGCACCGCAUCUUUGACAGCGUCAAUCGACAGGGCCGGGUCAUCAGAUAUGGGAUUCGCGAACAUGCAAUGGCGGCCAUCUCGAACGGACUCGCGGCCUAUUGUCACCAGACGAUAGUGCCCAUCACUGCCACUUUCUUCAUGUUCUACCUAUAUGCAGCGCCAGGGGUGAGGAUGGGUGCUCUUAGUGGACUCAAGGUCAUUCAUAUCGCCACGCACGACUCGAUUGCUGAGGGACAAAACGGGCCAACGCACCAGCCCGUCGAGGUAGAUUCACUAUUUCGAGCCAUGCCAAACUUACUUUACCUACGGCCUGCCGAUGCUGAAGAGGUAAUCGGAGCGUGGCUAGUGGCACUAUCAGUCAAAGAUCAGCCUGUGAUGCUGUCCCUCGCAAGAGAUCCAGCGACCACCGCCGUACCCUCUACAGAUCGAUACAAGGUGGCACGGGGUGGGUAUGUCGUCGUUGAGCACGAAAAGGCCCUCGUGACCCUCGUGUCCUGUGGCUCGGAUCUUCCACAUGCUGUCGCUGCUGCGGCUGAGCUCACGGCCACCAAUAUACCAACACGGGUCGUGAGCAUGCCCAGCAUCGAUUUGUUCGAGCAACAGGAGGAAUUGUACAAGAUCUCGGUGCUAUCAACGACCAGGCACAUCAUUUCUGUAGAGGCAUAUGUGUCCACCAUCUGGGCACGUUACUGCACGGCAUCGGUGGCGAUGAGCUCGUUUGGGUACAGUGGGAGCGGUGCAGCGAACAUGGCACGCUUCGGACUGGACACGCGCGGGAUUGUACGUAAAGUCAAGGCACACGUGGAGAGGGAGCCGAGCUCGCCAACGGCGCGAUGGAGGCUUCUCGCAUAG